AAGACUCUAAACCAACCGGUUGUGUCGUAAGUGUUCGGUCCCUGUGGAGCGGAGAGUUUCCAGGGCGCCGAGUAAUGGAGCGGGAGCGGUUCUCAGGUGAGUUCAGACUGUUGUCAGUGACAGGAAGUGGUGCUUGUCUGGACGGCCAUGGGGGAGUCUCGGCUCAUCGUGGAGGAGCUGCUGGCUCUGUGUCUGCAGAGGAUCAACAUGGAGGAAAACAGUGUAAACACUGAGCUGGAGUUUGUAGAGGUGUUGAAAAACUUUGAGACGGUCAGGAAGAAAUGGCUGCAUGCUGAGCUGGAGCUGAAAAAAUACAAAGAGCUGCUGGUGAAAUCUGAUGUGACCAAAGCUGCUCUGGAGGUUAAACUGAAACACGCCAGAAACCAGUUGGAUGUUGAGAUGAAGAAACGCUACAAGAUGGAAGCAGACUACCAGUACCUGCAGAGACAAAUGCAGUUGAUGUGCGACAUCUUGGUCCACGACAGUAAAUCCAGCGCCUGUCUGAACGAUGAGCAGAAAUCUCUCCUGGCCACAUUUGAACACAAAGGAGCGAAUGUAACUCUGCACAGGAGCAGCAAACGAUUAUGUGUGAUCGAUGAGUCGUCCUUCCUGUCUCACUCUGAUAUCAGCUACGAUCGGACAGAUGACGACAUGGACUUGGACACGACUGUGAUUAAACCACUGAGAUCUCGAGUCAGAGAGAAGAGGCGGUCGUCGUUGGGCCCAGGCAUUGGUCUUUCAGUUGGGAAGCGAGGCCGUGGAGUAAACUUGUCUUCAGAGCUGUUGGACAGAAAAACUAUCGAGAAGGAAGUGGAGACGGUAGUGAAGGCGUCUGUGGUGACUCCUGAGACUGGAAGCCAGAUACACAUGGUGGUGGGAAUCACACAAGAAACCCCUGAAAACCCGAUGCGGUCCGUCACUCAGGAGUGUGCUCUUUCAGUCGAGGGAGGAGGAGACCAAACCUCAGUGUGGUUUCCCUGUGACAACACUGUGGUAGAGCAUGAAACUCAACUUGAAACUAUCGUGGAGAAGAGACCAGUUUACACCUGCAGAGCUCAGAAACCCCUCAAACAUAUGUUUCUGUCUAAAACGGUGAUCCGGCCGGAGACAUGCCUGCCAUGUGGGAAGAGGAUUCGCUUUGGGAAGAUAGCGGUGAAGUGCAGGAACUGUCGGGUGGUCGCUCAUCCAGAGUGUAAACUGAAAUUCAGCGAGAGAUGUUCGCCCUCCAAUGCCAUGCCAGGAAGUACAACUCAGACGGACUCGUUGGAGGUUUUUGCACCAGUGACUCAUCCCAGAGUACCUCUACUGAUUGUGGAUUGUGUGGCAGAGAUUGAGAGGAGGGGGCUGCAGGAGAGAGGUCUCUACAGAGUUCCUGGAGGUGAACGUCUGGUGAAGGAGCUCAGGGAUCGAUUCCUUCAGGGGAAACCUGCUCUGAUGCUCAAUAAAGUCCAAGAUGUCCAUGUGGUCUGUGGACUCCUGAAAGACUUCCUGAGGAAACUGAAGGAGCCUCUGAUCACCUUCAGGCUGCACAGAACAUUCAUGGAGGCUUCAGAGCUGGCUGACGAGGACAAAAGCUCAGCCAUCAUUUAUCAGGCCAUAGCCGAGCUGCCGAAGGCCAACAGAGAUACUCUGGCUUUCCUCAUGCUUCACUUACACAAGGUGAUGAGGAGUCCCCAGUGCCAGAUGGACCACAAUAAUUUGGCCCGGGUCUUUGGACCGACCAUCGUGGGUCAUGGGAUGUCUGAGCCGUCUCCAACAACCAUCAUGAAAGAUACAAACACUCAGCCAAAGGUAGUCUGCCGCCUGUUGUCUCUUCCUGAAGACUAUUGGAGACGAGUCCUGUCCAUCCAGAUGGAUCAGACCUCAUCCUCCAGUGCAAAGAUCGGCCAGGAUGAUGGAUAUGGUCGGUUGUUUAAACCACUGACGUCUCCAGAGUUGAACAGCUACUACAAAACUCCCAGCGGAGGAUCUUUGAGAGGAAGAAUCAGAAACCUGGGAAAUGCUUUCAGUACCACAGGUCGACCAGAACCUGGAAGGAGGUUCUUCACGUCCCCCAGUUGACCGUCUGUCUCAUGUUCUCACUACAAACCUGAGACAUUGAAUCUCAAACUGUGUCAUCAUGAAAACGAAAGAGACAAACAUCAGAGAAACCCUGUUUUAAUUUGAAAUGUCAGAAAAGAAAAGUGACUGAUGACAAAACUAAAUGAACAUGUCCUCACUAAUUCAUGACUGAAGUUACAGCUCUGAUCAUGUCGUCUUUUCAUGUCACUGACUGUUAGUGAAGAUGAAAUGUGAACUUAAACUUGUCGAUUGUUUUAUGUAGACCGCCUGCCGUUAUGUUUCACUCUUUAGACUCUGCCCGUUAUUCUUAGUUUGAUUUUAAUGAAGCACUUUAACUGUGGUGGACUGGAAAUAAAAAUUAGUAUUUUAUGGGAAGAAGAAAUAAAAAUAAAUCAUCAUGUAGAUGCA